UUGGAUUACAAGAGCAGAGAUAAAUAGUAAAAUGAGUGUUGGGUGGUUGUGCAGCUUCGUUCUUCCACUCGUCCACGGCACACUUGGUUUCUCAGGACUCUCCUGAGGUAGUAGGGGAAAAUGCCGAAGGUGAAAGUUCCAGCAGAGGAGAAACAAACGGAUGAUGCCAUGCGCUCCUUCGCAGAGAAGGUCUUUGCCUCAGAGGUGAAGGAUGACGGGGGCCGGCACGAAAUCUCUCCCUUUGAUGUGGAGGAUGCCUGCCCCAUAUCACAUCAUGAAAUGCAACAGCAUAUGAUCAAGGAGGAGGAGAGUUCAAGUGACACUGGGAAAAAGAAGAAGAGGCUAUUGAAGCUGAAGACCAUUGCACUGCUUGUUCCUACUGCGGGAAAGUCUUCCACCAAAUUGUCCACCUUAGAUGAGGUCAUCUCCAGCAGUGCUCUGUAUCAAGCCGUUCCCAAAUUCCAGCGUGUUCAGAUCACAGGAGACUAUGCUGCAGGGGUGACAGUGGAAGAUUUUGAAGUGGUCUGCAGAGGCCUGUACCGUGCCCUGUGUAUCCGGGAGAAGUACAUGCACAAAUCUUUCCAGCGUUUCCCCAAGACUCCCUCCCAGUUCUUGCGCACUAUUGAAAGUGAGGUGUGGAAGCCAAAUGACGACCUGCUUCCAGUGUUCUCUCCCCCUGUGAAGAAAGACGAAGAUCCCUUCCAGUCUGGCAACUUGCCGGAGAAUCUGGGCUACCAUGUGGAAAUGAAAGAAGGUGUGGUAUACAUCUAUGCUGACAAAGAUGCUGCUGCCAGGGGUGAGCCCAAGGACCUGCCCUACCCUAACCUGGAUGUCUUCAUUGAUGACAUGAACUUCCUGCUGGCCCUUAUAGCUCAGGGACCUGUCAAAACCUACACACACCGACGCCUUCGGUUCCUCUCGUCCAAGUUCAGUGUGCAUGAGAUGUUGAAUGAGAUGGAAGAGAUGAAGGAGCUGAAGAACAACCCCCAUCGGGACUUCUAUAAUUGUCGUAAGAUCGACACGCACAUCCAUGCUGCAGCUUGCAUGAACCAGAAGCACUUGCUGCGAUUCAUUAAGAAGUCUUACCGCGAAAAUUCCGAAAGGGUUGUGUACAAAUCCAAGGACAAGACCUUGACGCUCAAGCAGCUCUUUGAGCAGCUCAACCUUCACCCUUAUGACCUGACUGUGGACUCCCUUGACGUCCACGCAGGCCGGCAGACCUUCCAGCGCUUCGACAAGUUCAACGCCAAGUAUAACCCGGUGGGUGCCAGUGAGCUGCGUGAUCUCUACCUCAAGUCUGAAAAUGCCCUCAAUGGUGAAUACUUUGCCACCAUCAUCAAGGAGGUUGGCUCUGACCUGGAGGAUGCCAAGUACCAGUAUGCAGAGCCACGGCUCUCCAUCUAUGGGCGUUCACCAGAAGAGUGGUCAAAAUUAGCCAACUGGUUCAACACACACCGUGUUUAUUCACCCAAUAUGAAGUGGAUGAUCCAAGUGCCCAGAAUCUAUGAUGUAUUCAGGUCAAAGAACUUUUUGCCACACUUUGGGAAGAUGCUGGAGAACAUUUUUGUGCCAAUAUUUCAGGCGACAAUCAACCCACAGGACAACAAGGAGCUGAGUGUGUUUCUGCGCCAUAUUACUGGUUUUGACAGUGUGGAUGAUGAGUCCAAGCACAGUGGACACAUGUUCUGCACCAAGAGCCCCAAGCCGGAGGAGUGGUCCCAUGAGAAGAACCCCUCCUACACAUACUACUUGUACUACAUGUAUGCUAACAUCACGGUCCUCAAUCAUCUCCGACGGGAACGCGGAAUGAACACUUUUCUGUUUCGUCCUCAUUGUGGAGAAGCUGGUGCUAUCACCCACCUGCUGGCUGCCUUCAUGACUGCAGAUAAUAUCUCCCAUGGUCUGAACCUCAAGAAGAGUCCUGUGCUGCAGUAUCUGUACUUCCUGGCCCAGAUCCCCAUUGCCAUGUCCCCACUCAGCAACAACAGCCUCUUCCUAGAAUAUGCCAAGAACCCACUUCUUGAUUUCCACCAGAAGGGCUUGAUGGUGUCUCUAUCCACCGAUGACCCUAUGCAGUUCCACUACACCAAGGAGCCUCUCAUGGAAGAAUAUGCCAUUGCUGCUCAGGUCUUCAAGCUCAGCACCUGUGACAUGUGUGAGAUUGCACGCUACAGCGUUCUGCAGUCUGGCUUGUCUCAUGAGGAAAAGCUCCAUAUUCUGGGAAAGAAUUACCAAGAAGAGGGGCCUCAGGGCAAUGACAUCCGCAAGACCAACGUGGCUCAGAUCCGCAUGGCCUACCGCUAUGAGACGUGGUGCUAUGAGCUCGAUCUUAUAGCCGAAGGGCUGAAAAGUACUGAAUAGAACCAGGCUUGAGUAAUGAAAUGGCAGUGCCAUUCAAUGCCAGGCAACUGUAGAGGAUGGAGAGUGAGGCCCCAACACUGUUGUUUCAGAUUACAUACAGUCUAAAAGAAAAUACGUGCAGUGUGUUUACUAA